CAGAGUACAUUGCAUUUGGUUGUUCCUCCUGUUUAGCGUACCUAGCUUGCGGGGCAUGUGUUACAUUGGCCUCGUUUGCUAAAUAUACCAAUAACCACUUAGUAUUUCCAAACAUGUGUUUGUGAGAGGGAAUAUUAUUCGGGUUUACAGGUGUUAUGAACAACUAUGACAUUGUCCGUCAGAUUGGAGAGGGUGCGUUUGGGAAAGCCUUCUUGGCCAGGGACAGAUAUGGCGGAUGUGAAAAAGAGUGUGUGGUCAAAGAGGUCAACCUCAGAAAGAUGUCUCCUAGAGAGAAGGAAGCAUCCAAGAAAGAGGUGACACUGCUCUCCAAGAUGAAGCAUCCCAAUAUCGUCACUUUCUUCAAAUCAUUCAACGAGAGGACUAGUCUGUUUAUUGUGAUGGAGUAUUGUGAUGGAGGGGAUCUAAUGAAGAAGAUCAGCAUGCAGAGAGGAAUUCUGUUCUCUGAGGAGCAGAUCCUGGACUGGUUUGUACAGAUCUGCCUUGGACUGAAGCACAUUCACGACAGGAAGGUCCUACACAGAGAUAUCAAGGCACAGAAUAUCUUCCUCACCAACAGUGGUAUGACAGCCAAGUUGGGGGACUUUGGAAUAGCAAGAAUGUUAAACAACACCAUGGAACUUGCCAGGACUUGUGUGGGGACACCCUACUACCUGUCUCCAGAAAUCUGUGAGAACAGACCGUACAAUAACAAGACGGACGUCUGGUCCCUGGGCUGUGUCCUCUAUGAACUCUGCACUCUGAGACAUCCAUUCGAGGGGAGCAGCCUGAGACAGCUGGUGGGGAAGAUCUGUAGGGGGCGCUGUAACCCCGUGUCGGCCCGCUACUCCUACGACCUCCGCCUGCUGGUCGCUCAGCUCUUCAAGGUCAGCCCUCGAGACCGGCCCUCUGUCACCUCGGUCCUGAGGCGCCCGCUCCUGGAGAAACGCAUCAGCAAGCUGCUAGACCCCCAGGUGAUUGAGGAGGAGUUCAGCCACACAGUUCUGCACAGAACGCCACCUUUAGACCCUCGUAAUGCUGCUAAAGUGCGAUCAGGGCCAGCACAGACACCAGUGAAGGUCCCCAAGCCCAGAGCCCCAGAGAGGCCUGCUCCUCAGCCAAAGCCUGGGCCCCCGGUGAAGAAAGCUCCCCCCAAACCACAGUGGAAAGCCCCAGUCAGAGUCUACACCCCUCAGCAUAAACCGUUUGCCCCCAGAGGGGCGCCAGUGGGCAACCCUCCGGUCAGACAACGUGCUCAACAACACCCCAGGUGGCCCAACAGUCGGCCAGUCAACUUCUACGACCACUACCACGCCCAGCUGGACGCCAUCCAGAGACACAAGGACAAGACCCAUCUCCCUCCCCACCAUCUCCCUCCCCACCAUCUCCCUCCCCCUCCUCCUCUCCACCAUCCUCCCCCUCUCCCUCCCCACCAUCUCCCUCCCCCUCCUCCUCUCCACCAUCCUCCCCCUCUCCCUCCCCACCAUCUCCCUCCCCCUCCUCCUCUCCACCAUCCUCCCCCUCUCGGUCCCCCCCUCCCUCCUCAGGCCCAGCCCCAGGAGGAGUACAAGGCUUGGGUCAUCCCAGUAGAACCCUACCAGCUUGUGGCUGCGGCUCGUGAUGAAUACCUCCAGAGGAGACGAGAGGCCGACCAGUACAAGCAGCGGGCAGAAAAACAGCUGGGUCUGCGUCCCUCCACGGCAGACGCAGAGAGGUACAGACAGCCGGGGCCCGGCCAGGGGCCCCCGCGGGCCCCACACAAGGACAGGAGACAGGGGGAGCAGCAGGAGUAUUUACGGCAACUGCAGCACAUCAGACAACAGUAUUACAACGAUAUGAGGGAGAUCCAAAUGAGAGCUGGAGCAGAGGCCCAGCCAGUGGUGAAGCCAGGUACCUACCUGGUGGAGCAGGCCAGACCCUCAGAGACACCAGCGCCCAGAGAGAGACCACACCCUGCCCAGUGUCCGCAGGACAUGGAGGGGGCGCUCAGACAGAUUGGUGAGGAGAACCGGAGGGAGAGGAGAACCCUGCAGAGGAAACACCCAGAUAAGAAGGCUGUUAUGUUUGAGAUCAGACUGGAUGAUGAAGGCGUGCCGGAGAAGAAGAAAAAGGAGGUGGAAAAGACUUAUGAAAUCAUACAGGAGGUGGACUUACUGAACCAGACCCUGAGCUUCCAGGCAGGGGAGGAGCUGAGACACAGGGAUUGGUUGGUUCCUGGAGAGCAGGAAGAGGAGAGACACAGGGAUUGGUCGGUUCCUGGAGAGCAGGAAGAGGAGAGACACAGGGAUUGGUCAGUUCCUGGAGAGCAGGCAGAGGAGAGGAAGGCCUGGGGUGCUGGAGCUCCCCAGACUCUCCUGAAGGCCUUGGCAGAGAUGGACGUAUCAUCGGUCUACACCACCAUGGCUGCAUCUGAGCAGGGUGAGGCGAUAGAGGAAGAGGACUCUCCAUGGGAGAGGAGGAGGUGGGGGCAGGGACCACCUAGAACCCUGCUCAACGUCCUGGCCCAGGCCGAGCUCUCCUCCACCCUGGACCCUCCCACACCAGGAGAGACACCAGGAGAGACAACAGGGGAGACAACAGGGGAGACACCAGGGGAGACACCAGGAGAAACAACAGGGGAGACACCAGGAGAGACAACAGGGGAGACAACAGGGGAGACAACAGGGGAGACAACAGGGGAGACACCAGGAGAGACAACAGGAGAGACAACAGGGGAGACACCAGGGGAGACACCAGGGGAGACACCAGGAGAAACAGCAGGGGAGACAGCAGAAGAAACAGCAGGGGAGAGACCAGGAGAGAGACCAGGUGAGACACCAGGAGAGACAGCAGAGCCCCUGACCGAGAAGGACACAGCGGAGGACGAGAGAGAGGGGGAGGAGGAGGAAGAUUCUGACGUGGAGGUGGACGAGGAGCGUCUGGAGCCCAGGUCGGAUGAUGACGACACGAACUUUGAAGAGUCCGAGGACGAGCUGCGCAAAGAGGUAGCAGAGUCCAUGAAGAACCUGUUCAUCAUGGAGGAUGGACAGAGCGAGGAGGAGGCAGACAGGGCAGGGACAGAUGGAGAGGAGGAGGAGGGCUGUGGAGAACAGGAGGCACAGGACCGCCGGCAGAUCAAACCGUUGUGGGAGCCUUCAUCAGACACCUCCAUGCAGGGGAGCCCCCUGGCGGCCGCCCCCCAGGCAGAGGGGUGCGAGGCUGGGCUCGUACAGCCAGCUCAGACCCAGGCAUCAGCUGUCCGCCAGGCCCAGACCAGCAGCACUGAGGACACAUAGUCAGAGAUGGCAAAAGUACUUACAUGCUUCACUCAAGUAGAACAGAUACUCAUGUUGAACAGAUACUCAGAUACUCAA